AUGUCGUCAAUUGAUCAACUCAGUAGCCCGAAGUCAGUGCUGAGGAAGCCAGACCGCUUCAAUGACGUGGCAGGCUGGGCAGAAGGAGGAGAAGAUGUUGUCCUCGUACCACCACUUGCUGCAUACACUGGUCUGCAUCUCAUCGGCAGACCGGUGGAUAAGCUGCGUGGGUGUUCACCUGCUGAGAUCAGCUCAUGGAUCGACGAUUCCAUGCCGGACGGUGAGACUACGGAGAUGAACACGCAGCCACUGGAUGAUCAAAUCAGCAAUUUGGAUAGGACGGACGGGUACUGGAUUAUCCCCUUUCAGCUUUCUCCUGAGGACCUCCUGCCCGGCCUUGUCGUCUCGGGACUAAAUAGCGGACGGGUUCAGUUCUUGGAGAAUCCCAAGAACAAAAUCUCAAACAAGGAUGGCGGCUUCGAGGAAACAACAUGGGAUGUGCAUGACAUCUAUCCGUUCAAAGAGCCAGUUUCCGUAAUCGCAGCAGACGUUACGGGAAAUGGCUCGCUGGACUUGAUUGUGUCUCAUCAGUACGGGCCUAACAUGAUUGAGUGCGACAUGUCAGGUGGCUGGGUCAGUUGGCUGGAGAACCCCGGCCGCAAUGAAUGGGACCAGGGCGGAUACAAGCAGUGGACCAAGAGAGAUAUCGGCAGGUGGCCAGCAAUGCAUCGUCUCAGGGCCGGAUACUUCACGCAAAGGUCUAUUCUAGAGAUCAUCGCGGCUCCGGUGGUCCAUGGCAAGGAGGACAAAAUCACCCCUGUUCCUAUCCUGCGUUUUCAAGCACCGGAGAAGCCACGGGACGCAAUUGAAUGGCAACGAGAUGUCGUCGACGACGAACACUUCUCAGUCGUCCACGAGAUUGUGCCGAAGAAAUUCGAUGGCCCUCAUGGUGUCGAUUCUCUCCUGGUCGCCUCACGCGAGGGUAUCAGCCGCCUCUACUUCGAGAAUGCAGCAUGGCACGUUGACAUAUUGAACUUCAGCGAGCCGCGUGAGCCUGGCCAGACCACGGGGUACGAAGCACCUGGAGCUGGUGACAAUUGGGGCUGCGGUGCCGUCGAUGCUGGCAAGGUGGGAAACGAUUCCUUCGCUUACAUCGCCAGCAUGGAUCCCUUCCACGGGGGCAAGGUCUGUGUCUAUACCAAGACGGACCGUGGGCUGGACACUGUGAAGUGGGAGCGACAUAUUUUGGACGUGUACGGCACCCCGACCCAGAACCGGAAAUGGGGAGAUGGGCCGGGCCAUUAUGUUGUUUGUGGUGAUUUUGAUGGUGAUGGCGACGAUGAGUUCUUGGUGUCGCUGAUAGGAGCGCUCGAUCGUGACGAAGACCUCAAUGUCAAACCAAUCCAAGGUGGUUUCAACCCCAACAAGGGCAUCAUGUACUACAAGGCCAUCGACCUAGAGAACGGAAUUUUCGCCAAAUGGCGAAUUGCAAGCGAGUCCUCUGCAAGAAUUGCGCUUGGGGACUUUACUGGCAAUCAAACGCUGGAUGUAGCAUCCAUCUCUUACAAUGUCAUUGAUUACUACGAAGAGCCCCAGCCCAAGGUCACCAUGCACACAAACGACAUUGUCCUCCCACCGACCGCAUCUCUUGAGGACUCUAUUAGAGCCACACUUUGGGAUGGAGAAGGCAUGGUGUAUCUCGCUCAGCCAGUUGAAAUCAAGGCCCCUGCGUCAAAGCCGCUCAUUCAGGUGGCCAACUACGCCAUUAGCGUCGAGAUAUAUCCACCAAAGGGCAAAGUCCCCAUCCAAAAUGGUGAGGGCCUGAAGGUGAUAUACGGAUCUCUAAGUGAAACUUACGAUGGAAAUGUCACGACGAGGAAGCCACUGGGUGGCGACCCCUUUCCUGCUCUGGCUUCGACCACCAGCAAGCUAGAAGCUUUGGAUGCGGACGCAGUCCUGGGGGCCAUCAUCCUACGCAUGACACCAACUCCAGGAGCCGAGCUCGAGUGGGAGGACGUCGAACCCGAGACGCAGUGGGAGAAGGCUAGUGAUGUGCCUAUCCAUGUCACGCUUGACCUGAAAGAUUCGGGCCUCGAGAUGCCGGAAUACAAAUUUACCAGGGUCGACCAGCUCUGGUGGGGGAAAGAUGACGAGAGGUUCAAGGAUCAGGAGUUUUACAAUAUGCCGGGCUUCCAUUUCCGCUUUCUUGACAGCAAGAUCCACAUCGCACACAUUCAGUUCUGGACGGCAGGAACCAAGGUGAGUGCCGGCGCGCACAACCACGCCAACGACUACUUCGAAGAAAUCCAUAUUUCACUCUCGCUUGGGACUAAAGAUGGCGGCAUGUCCAUGGUGAAGCCGGAAAACGAGGACGACGCAAAAACUCCAAACGAAGCGGAGGCACUGUCUGACGACAAAUGGAUCCACGAGACGCAGGAGCCACUCGUCGAGCAUGGAUCCAUAUGGCAUCGAGACUCAUCGGGAAACGCCAUUCGGGGGUGGAACAACGUCGUCUCGUACCCCUGGCACAAAUGGCAGGGGGGAAGUGGCGAUUAUAUCGACGUGUGGAUGGCUAUUGAGUUCAAUCCUGACUUGGAUUUGUGA